CCAGAAUGAGUUACAGGCGUCGGUCUCUGGUGAUUCGCAGCUUUUUGAUGAUUCUGUUACAUGCGUCGGUUGCGUAGAAUUAUUAGUAAGUAAUUUAGGUUAAGAUUAAAAGAGGAGGGAAAAUGGAUUUGCAAAUGAAGGUGGCGCAGGCAGUUCAGGUCCUGAAUCACGAUACAGAGUCGUGCAACCGCGUGGCAGCUAAUCAGUGGCUAGUUCAGUUUCAGCACACUGACGCCGCUUGGGCCGUCGCCACCUCCAUCCUCACCUCCGAUUUUCACCAUUCUUUCUGCUCCAAUUACGAGGUCGAGUUCUUCGCUGCCCAGAUUCUUAAACGAAAGAUCCAAAAUGAGGGCACUUUCCUGCCGUCAGGAGCUAAAGAUGCUUUGCUGAACGCCCUUCUUCUAGCUGCCAAAAGAUUUAGUACAGGCCCUCACCAGCUUUUAACCCAAAUCUGCCUCGCACUCUCUGCACUCUUACUGCGCACUGUGGAGCAUGGAAAACCUGUCGAGCAACUCUUUUAUAGCCUCCAAAAUCUGCAGACCCAGGUUGAUGGAAAUGUUGCUGUUAUGGAGAUGCUUACUGUUCUACCGGAAGAAGUCUUAGAUUCGCAAAAUACUGACUCUAAAAUAAGUUCAGCUGACAGAAGCCACUAUGGUCAAGAGCUUCUCUCGCAUACCAGUACGGUUCUUGAGUUCCUAUUGCAACAAUCUGAGAAAAGGUUUGAUAGUAGUAUACAACAACAUGAAAGCAACAGAAAAAUUCUGCGUUGCUUACUGAGUUGGGUCCGAGCUGGGUGCUUCUCGGAGAUUCCCCAGGGAUCACUACCAGCACAUCCACUUCUUAACUUUGUGUUUAGUUCUUUGCAGGUGGCAUCUUCAUUUGAUCUAGCAAUUGAAGUUCUUGUUGAGCUCGUCAGUCGACAUGAGGGGCUACCCCAGGUUUUGUUAUGUAGGGUGCAUUUCAUCAAAGAAAUUCUUCUUCUACCGGCUCUCAAUAAUGGGGACGAGAAAAUAGUAGGUGGUCUUGCAUGCUUAUUGUCAGAGAUUGGGCAGGCUGCCCCAUCUUUGAUAGUAGAAGCAAGUGUUGAAGCCCUUGCACUGACGGAUGCACUUUUAAGCUGUGUGACAUUUCCAAGUGAGGACUGGGAGAUAGCAGACUCAACUUUGCAAUUUUGGUGUGGGUUGGCAAGCUAUAUUCUUGGCUUUGAUGAGAACAAUGCAAAUCAGAGAAAGCAAGUGGAAGAAAUGUUUUUCCCUGUGUUUUCAGCACUACUUGAUGCACUUUUGUUACGUGCCCAGAUAGAUGAUUCUAUGUUCAAUGAUGACCAAGGAACACCGGAGCUGCCUGAUGGCCUUGCCUAUUUUAGAAUGAAUCUUGUUGAACUGUUGGUGGAUAUAUGCCAGCUUUUAAGAUCUACCAUAUUUGUACAGAAGCUUUUCUUUGGUGGUUGGUCCCCUGCAAAUGCACCUAUAGCGUGGACGGUUGUGGAAACCAAGUUGUUUGCUCUUAAUGUGGUCGCUGAGGUAGUCCUACAAGAAGGCCAAAUCUUUGAUUUCUCGGUCAUCAUGCAGUUGGUGACAGUUUUGUCUACCAGGCCUUUGGAUGAACUGAGGGGCAUCAUGUGCAUUGUGCAUAGAUCUCUUGCAGACGUUGUUGGCUCCUAUUCUAAGUGUAUCUCUGCUUUUCAAACAAAUGCUAGAUCAUUACUGUUAUUUCUUGCUGCUGGAAUAUCAGAACCACUGUCCUCGAGUGCUUGUGCAUCUGCAUUGCGUAAAGUUUGUGAAGAUGCUUCUGCAGUGAUGUAUGAACCUUCAAAUCUGGAGAUUUUGAUGUGGAUAGGAGAGGGUCUGGAGAAGAGUCAUUUACCUUUGGAAGAUGAGGAAGAAGUUGUUAGUGCAGUUUGUCUGAUCCUUGGUUCUAUUAAUAACAAAGAAUUAAAGAGCAACUUAUUGGCUAGAUUGCUUUCUUCUAGCUUCGAAGCUAUUGGGAAACUUGCUGAUAAAGAAAGUAGCCAUUGCCUAAGACAAAAUCCUGCUACCUAUACACAAAUUUUGAACUCUGGUGCAAGAGGGCUUUACAGGAUGGGAACUGUAUUCAGCCAUCUUGCAACAUCGGUGCAGAGUGUAUCUUCUGGAGAUGGUUGUAUGCUUGCGCUAUUGCAAGCGUUUUGGCCACUGCUAGAGAAACUUUUUAGGUCUGAGCACAUGGAGAAUGGUACUCUGUCAACCGCAGCUUGCCGAGCACUUACCCAAGCAAUUCAGUCAUCAGGCGAACACUUCUCAAGACUACUGCCUAAAGUACUAGAUUACCUAUCAACAAAUUACGUGUCCUUUCAAAGUCAUGAAUGCUACAUAAGAACUGCAUCUGUUGUGAUUGAAGAAUUUGGUCACAAAGAAGAGUAUGGAUCUUUAUUUGUUACUACUUUGGAGAGAUUUACACAUGCCGCAUCGGUAAUGGCUCUUAAUUCUUCAUAUAUAUGUGACCAAGAGCCUGAUCUAGUAGAGGCGUAUACAAACUUUGCAUCCACAUAUGUUCGCGGAACUCGUAAGGAAGUUGUGGCUGCAUCUGGUACCCUUCUUGAAAUUUCUUUUCAGAAGGCAGCUAUAUGCUGCACAGCUAUGCACCGUGGAGCAGCACUCGCGUCCAUGUCAUACUUAUCUUGUUUCUUGGAGGUGAGCCUGGUGUCUUUGUUGGAUUCCAUGUCUUGUAUUCCUGAACGGUCAUUCAGUGCAAUGGUCAUUCAAGUGAUAUCCCAUAGUGGCGAGGGACUCGUAUCCAAUCUGGUUUAUGCUUUACUUGGUGUUUCAGCAAUGUCAAGGGUUCACAAAUGUGCCACUAUUUUGCAACAAUUGGCAGCAAUAUGCAGUUUAAGUGAGCGCACAACAGGCAAGGCUAUUCUUUGUUGGGAAUCUUUGCAUGGAUGGUUACAGUCAGCGGUCCAGGCUCUUCCUGCUGAUUACCUGAAGCAAGGGGAACUUGAAACUUUAGUGCCAGUUUGGUCAAAGGCCCUUGCCGGUGCAGCCUCAGAUUAUAUCCAGAGCAGAAGUGGCGAUGGAGGGAAUAACAAUUAUGGGCACAUGCAAGGGAAAGGUGGAAGAGUUUUGAAGCGUUUAGUCCGUGAAUUUGCUGAUAGCCACCGGAAUAUUCCGAACUUGACUUGAUGACUGCACUACUUUAGGUACAUGAAUUUUUAGCCGCAGGUUAUUUGCUGUUGGGGCCUUAUGAUUCGUUGUUGAUAGCUGUUACCAAAAGUUGCAGUUGUAAAGUGCUGACGUGUAUUGAGGCUUCCCAUGCGUCACGAAUCUUCUGUACAGCGAUCCCUUGCCCAAUUUUGACAGGAACAAAACAAUACGGGAUGAUUACUCUCAUUAUUCCAAUUUUUUUCAUGAUCAAGUUGGUCAAGAUAUGAGCAAAUCGAGAUGACAAUUUGAGCUUGUAAAAGAAAAAGGAAAUGAAAUCAUUAUUAUUGCAAAUAGCAUAA